AUGGAUCCUGAACAGAUUCAUGGUUAUUUAAUCAGCUUAGAUUAUAAUGAAAUAAUAAAAAGUGGUUCAGAAUGGAGAAGUCACUUAGCUGAGACAAUGUGUAAUCCCAAAUUAAAUCAUUUACUGUAUCAGUUCUAUUUACCGGCGCCCGAAAUUGCAGCAACUAAAUAUUUAAUUAAUGAUGACGAUGAUUCUUUUGUCAGCUACGGUGAAAGUGGUCAUCGUGAAAAUAAUCAUGAUCGUCUACUGAACAAAGGCAAUUCGGUUACAUUUAUAUUACGGAUAAAAGAUAUAGGUUUGACUAAAUCUACCACAAAUAUGAAUCCAGAUAUCGAUUAA